GUGGAGGAGGACAUCUGCAGCUUGAUCGUGAAAACGAGGAAUGCUGCUCUAUAAUAUUGCAGCGAUUAGAGCAGAUCCUCAGAGAGAACAGUGAAGAGUUUCUCACAUGUGAGCUGUAUCAUGAUGCACAAGAAACAUUGGUGGAUGAAGAUCAGAGCAGAUCAUCUUCACUCAGAACAGACGAGGAAGAUUCUGAUGGAGCUGCAAGUGGCACCAGACAACAGAAACUGAACUUGGUGUUGUGUGGAAGUGAUGAAACCUUGAAGAAUUCCAUAUCAAAUCUAAUAAAACAGAAGAGAGACGUAGAGCUUCAUGCUCAUCUGAUGAAUCUGGUGGAGCUUCCAGCUCUGACUCGGCUCUCAGAGGAGGAAGUGAUGCAUCAGACUCUCAGCUGUGUGUCUCUCUGUGAUCCUGGAGUUCAUGUUUUCCUCCUCAUUGUUCCUGAUGCUCCACUCAAUAAUGAAGACAAAUCAGAAAUGGAGGAGAUCCAGAGGAUUUUCAGCUCAAGAAUCAACAAACACAUCAUGAUCCUCAUAAUGCAGGAUUCAGAGCAUCAGACAGAACUCAAUGAGGAAACACAGUCUGUCAUCGAGAGUUUCGGAGGGCGACAUCAUUUCUUUGGUCCCAAAACACAAGUGUCCACAUUGAUGGAGAUCAUUGAGCAGAUGCUGGAAGAAAACAGAGGAGUCUUUUUCUCUACAGAGACACUUCUGGAGGCACAGAUGAAAAAACUGAUGAAAUAUGAAGAGAUGAAGAAGAAAAUUCAUUCACUAGAGACAAAUUUACUGUCACAAGUUUCAAGAGAAAACACAGAUAACGAACUGAGGAUUGUGCUGCUGGGGAAAACUGGAGUUGGGAAAAGUGCAACUGGAAACACAAUCUUAGGAAGAGAAGCAUUUACAGCUGAAACAUCUCAAGAGUCUGUUACUAAAGAGAGUCAGAGAGAAUCAUCUGAAAUCAGCGGUCGACGUGUUACUGUGAUCGACACUCCAGGACUGUUUGAUACUGAACUGAGUAAUGAGGAGAUCCAGAGAGAAAUCAGACACUGCAUCUCUUUGAUCCUGCCUGGACCACAUGUGUUCAUCAUUGUGCUUAAUUUAGGACAACAAUUCACUCAAGAAGCAGCAACUUCAGUGACUUUAAUUCAAGAGACAUUUGGUGAGAAAUCUUUAAUGUACACCAUGGUGCUCUUCACCAGAGGAGACGAUCUGAAAGACGAAACCAUUGAGGAGUUUCUGGGAAAACCUGGAUCUCCUCUGAUGAAGCUGAUUGAAGCGUGUGGAAACAGAUAUCAUGUGUUCAAUAAUAAUCAGACUGAAGACCGAACACAGGUGUCUGAUCUGCUGGAGAAGAUAGACAACAUGCUGAAAACAAACGGAGGGAGUUUCUACUCAUGUAAGAUGUUCAGAGAGAUGGAGAGAGCAAAACAAGAACAACAGAUGAAGAUACUGAUGGACAGAGUCAGAGAAAGAGAAGAAGAGAUGAAGAAAGAACGAGAGACAUUUAAACAUGAAACUGAGCAACUGAAGCAAAAAAAAAAGAAACUUCAGAUCAAAUACAACACAGAAACAGAACGACUGAUGAACAGAAUAGAAAAUGAGAGGAAAAAAAGAGAAGAAGAGUUGAAUGAGAGAGAAGAACGAUAUAAAACACUAAUGAAAGAAAAAGAAGAGAGUGAGGAAAAGAUGUGUGAGGAGAUGAAGAGAGAACGAGAGGAAUGGGAGAAACAAAAACUAGAGGAAAAGAUGAGAAGAGAAGAAGAGGAUGAGAGAAGAAGAGAGGAAGAGCAAUAUAAAACAAUGAAACGAAUGCAGUGGGGGAAAUGGAAACAAUAUGAAGUACAGAAAAGAGAACAAGAAAAAAUAGAACAAGAAAAACUGAAAUUUGAACUUUACAAGGAACAACAAAGUCAACUUAGAAAUUUUGGAAUGAUGCGAAUAAGACAAAGAGUUCCUGUCAACAUCCAGGAUACUCCAGUCUCCCGUCUCCCAUUUCAAAGGAUUGUUUCUGGGUAAAACUGGUGUUGGGAAGAGUGCAGCUGGAAACACAAUACUGGGAAGGAAAGAGUUCAGAUCUGAGAUAAGUUGGACUGCAGUAACCCGUAAAUGUUCAG